AUGGUUCCAAACACAGCAUCAUUCGAUCAGGCCUCUAAGAUUGAACAAUCUAAUGGCGAAAAUUCCACACAUCUUGAGAGGCUGCAAACUGAUGGCGGGCAUACGGACGACCGAACGCAGCCCUCUCAUCCUAUUGUCCAUCGACGAUUUGCAAAUCCUUCUCCAUUAGGAUUACUUUCGUUUGCCAAUGGCAUGUUCUUGAUCUCCAUAUUCGGAGUUAAUGUUCGUGGGGUAGCGACUCCUAAUGUAUUAAUUGGAGUCCUGGUAUUCUUCGGUGGAGUAUGCCAAUUCAUCGCGGGUAUCAUGGAAUUUUUUAGCGGCAGCACUUUCGGAGCAACGGUGUUCCCCAGCUAUGGCGCAUUCAAUCUCUCUUAUGCCAUGGUAUAUCUACCGGGAUCCGGAAUCAUGACAGCAUAUACCGAUCCAAAGACUAGCCAACUCAAUGAUCAGUUUACGACUGCCCUGGCUAUGUACCUAUGGGCGUGGUUUAUCCUAACUGUAAUCUUCACUGUGGCUGCCAUGCGCUCUUCUUGGAUCCUGUUCCUGGAUUUGGUUUUCCUAGAUCUUGUUCUGAUCUUGCUCGCGUGCGGCUACAUGUUAGAUAUGAAGAGUCUAGAGACGGCUGGAAGCGCAUUGGGUUUUGUGGUUGCUUUCUUGAGCUAUUGGGCUGGGACAGCUGGACUUUUUGCAAAUGGUAUCACUCCCAUCAACAUCCCCGUAUUUCCAAUGUACAACGGUACUUGA